UCCAGCUCCACUCCGGACUGUCUGCACCUCUGCACUCCCACAGAUGCUUUCACCCUGCCAGGAUACUAUCACGGUCCGUCCGCAGGUCUGGUCUCUCCGGUGAUUAGUCUGAUCCUGCUCGGUCCGGGGGUCCUGUUAACACUGAAACUGUUCGUCGUCUGUGGCUCUAAAACCUGCAGCUGUGACUGAGGUGAUGUCUGAUUAGUCCACAGCUCUGCGGGGUCUCUGUCUCCAUCAUGGACAGUAUCGGGGUCUCCUUUCUGGACCCCCUGGAUGAUUAUGAGUUAAUCCACAGGAUCGGCUGCGGCACCUACGGAGAUGUCUUCAAGGCUCGUAACAUCCGCACGUCUGAACUGGCAGCUAUCAAGAUCGUCAAGCUCGACCCAGGUGACGACAUCACGUCCAUCCAGCAGGAGAUCACUAUGAUGAAGGAGUGCAAACACAAAAACAUAGUGGCGUAUUUCGGCAGCUACCACAGGAACACAAAGCUGUGGAUCUGUAUGGAGUACUGUGGAGGAGGCUCUCUGCAGGAUAUGUACCAUGUGACGGGUCCGCUAAAGGAGAAACAGAUCGCCUACGUGUGCAGAGAAACCCUCCAGGGUCUGUAUCACCUCCAUGAGACUGGGAAAAUGCACAGAGACAUCAAGGGAGCCAACAUCCUUCUGACAGAGAGAGGAGACGUUAAACUGGCUGAUUUUGGAGUAGCAGCAGAGAUCAGCGCUUCUGUAGCAAAAAGGAAAUCUUUCAUUGGAACUCCCUACUGGAUGGCUCCUGAGGUGGCGGCAGUGGAGAAAAAGGGCGGCUACAACCAUCUGUGUGAUAUCUGGGCUGUCGGCAUCACCGCCAUCGAGCUGGCGGAGCUCCAACCGCCCAUGUUUGACCUCCACCCGAUGAGAGCGCUGAUGUUGAUGUCUAAAAGUAGCUUCCAGCCUCCACGACUAAAGGAUAAAACCAAGUGGUCUGCAGGUUUCCAGAGCUUUGUGAAGAUGGCGCUCAUUAAAAACCCUCGUAAAAGGCCGUCAGCGGAGACUCUGCUGCAGCAUCCAUUUGUGACUCAGCUGCUGACUCGUAACCUCAUCAUCGAGCUGCUGGACAUGGCCAACAACCCCGAGAUGCACAACACGCACUCACACUGCAUGGACGACAUGGAGCUGGAGGUGGGGGAAAUUGGUCCAGAUAAGAUCCAAUCAGCAGGGAAACACCUGCCUGCAGAGAGGACGCUGUCUGAAGAACAAUUCGACCAGGUGAAGUUCAGACCUCCACUAAGGAAAGUCACAGAGCCAUAUCCUGAUCUGCAGAGCUCUUAUGAUGAUGACUGGAGUCUGUCUGGAGAUGAAGAUAACUCACCGAGUCUGUUGGAAUGUGUGGAACAAGCUCUGCAGCUCAGGAGUUUAACCAUUAGGAGGGCGCCAUCUACUGAUGGAGGAAAGAAGAGUGGACUAUUCAGCCCGACUACAGCCUCUCUGCCCCCCUUCAGCUCUUUAAGUCCAAAUUCAGAGGACAGAGACCUGACAAUGAGACCCAGCUGUACGCUGGGACCAGACGCUGCCGUCACUGCUGACUCCACCUCCACUACAGUAUUAUCCAGGUGCUCGGCCACACAGGACAUCAGACAACGCUGCAGCAACUCAUGUCUACCUGCAGGGGACGCUGUAACCGCAGAGAAAAAGAGGGUCACCCCAGUAACCUCUCCUAAAAGAGAGACACCGCUGUCGCCUGAGUGGAGCACGCUGAGGAAGAAGACAGAGGACUGUAGGGCUGCCUGUCAUGGACUCCCUCCUACCCCUCAAGUCCAUAUGGGAGCCUGUUUCUCUAAAGUCUUCAACGGCUGUCCUCUUCAGAUCCACUGUGCCGUCACCUGGAUUUUACCCAAAACAAGAGAUCAGUACCUCAUCCUCGGAGCAGAGGAGGGAAUCUACUCACUGAACCUCAAUGAACUUCAUGAAGACACACUAGAGAAGCUGCUCCCUCAGAGAUGUACGUGGCUCUACGUCAUGAACAAUGUGUUAAUGUCCGUAUCAGGGAAGUCGUCCCAGCUUUAUUCGCACAGUCUGACGGGUCUGUUUGAACAGAGAGGACAUCUACAGAAGAAACACGGCAGUCUGUCUCUGAGCACCAACCGCUUCACUGAGAGGAUCAGCACCAGUCACAGGAAGUUCACCAUCUCAGUGAAGAUCCCUGACACUAAAGGCUGUAGGAGAUGUAGUGUAGCUAGAAACCCGUACACGGACAGUACAUUUCUGUGUGCAGCCGUUCCUUCUGGUCUGGUUCUGUUACUGUGGUAUGAGCCUCUGCAGAAGUUCAUGCAUCUGAAGCACAUACCAAUCAAGCUCCCAGACUCUCUGCCGAUCUUUGAGCUGCUGGUUUUGGUGACAGACGAGUUUCCUCAGCUGUGUGUCGGAGUCAGAGACUGUGCUAAUGGGAAACGUCCAGUCAGCCAACAGCUGCAGUUUGAUAUCAUAGAGCUGAACAGCUCACCUGUCUCUACACCAGACAGUGGAGCUCUGAAUGCUGCACAGGUGACACAACUGGACAGAGACACGGUUCUCAUCGCUUUAGAAAAAACUGUGAAGAUCGUGAACCUGCGAGGACUUCCGUCCAAAGAGCUCGCUGCUGAGAUGGUCUUUGACUUCCCCGUUGAAACUCUCGUGUGUUUACAGGACAGCGUGCUGGUGUUCUGGAAGCAUGGUCUAAAAGGGAAGAGUUUCCACUCAAACGAGGUAACUCAAGAAAUCACUGAUGAGAGUCGAGUCUUUAGAGUUUUGGGGACGAAUAGGGACAUUAUCCUUCAGAGCACGCCGACAGACGAGCCGUCAGCUCUGAGUAACCUCUACAUCCUGACGGGACAUGAGAGCAGCUACUGAGAGAAAACAAGGUCUUCUGAAAUAACUCAGAGGAAAACGAGCUCUAAAGACGGUCACUGAAACUACUUCCUGUUUGACUGAAGCUGUGGGGGCAUAAAGUGAUUACUGCUGUCAGCUACAGAGGCCCGCAGGGUGGAUUUUUUAAUAACUUGUCUGUUUUGGUUUGAUUAGAGUUAUAUGUAAUUAGGGGCGUUGCUGAUAUGCUACCAUGAACUAUCUUUAAAACAAAAACAGGCUUCAGUAACCAAACGGCUGACGUCACUCAGAGUUCAUCUGAUAAUUUAUUCAGCCUGCGCUCUGUAGAUGGGACUCACAACAUAGAAAAAAGGCCAACGGGUGCUCUGAGUUCCAGUUGAGAGAACUGUGAGUGCAGCAGCAAAAACAGCUGAUCCUGAGUGCUAAUAACACUGAACUGCACUAGUUUGUGUAGAAAAAAGACACUGCAAGUGUCAAACAAUUGGACAAAAACCCUGGAAAAAUAGAAUUACUGCCUGGUGGUUGUAAACCUCUGCAAAGUGUCCACUUAUUUCACAGUGAAAGUACAUUAGGAGGUCUGAAAGUAUGUGAUGUUUCUACGUCAGAUUAAUUUGUUGAAAUCUAAGAGACAGGGGCUAAAUAUAUGACCCCCAAAGACCUAUACCUAUGACAUUUGAGGUCAAAUAUCUAGCCAGUUAAUUGAUUAAUCAUAGUGAAUGUUGUGAGAGCUUGAGGAAAAUCCCUUCAAGCAUUCAUGAGAUAUUGUGUUCACAAGCAAGGCAUGAACAUGAGGGCCAAAGACCUUGACUUAUUACCUGUGACUUAGGAAAUCUGAUUAUUCCAUCCUUAAAUCAGUGUAAAAAGCACAUUCAACCUUACAUUGACAAAAACUGGUCAUAACAUCUUUAAAUUAGGGUGAAAGUAUUUUUUUAAGUUUGAUGAAAAUCUCUCAAAGUAUUUAUGAGCUAUCAUGCACACAAGCAAGGGAUAAACAUGAGGCCCAAAGACCUUGGCCACUGACUUAUGACCUCUAAAACAAGAAUAUUCCACCAUUAAAUCAGGGUGUAAAUGUUUGGAGAAAAUAGUGUAGUGUUCAUGAAGUAUCCUGUUCACAGGAGUGACCUGGAAAGCAAAGGGUGAACAUAAGGCUCACUGACCUUGACUUUUGACCUCUGACAUCUAAAUUCUAAUCAGUUCAUUCUUGGGUCAUAGUGAAUAAUUGUGAAAAGCUUGAAGUAAAUCUUUCAAAGCAUUAUUAAGUGAGGGAUAAACAUUAGGCCGAAAGACUUCGACCAUGCUCAAAGCAUUCAUUAAAUAUUGUGUUCACGAAGAAGGUAUGAACAUGGGACCAAAGACCUUAACCUUUGAUGGAUGACCUCCAAAAUCAGAUUAUUCAAUCCUUAAAUCAAGGUGAAAAUGUGUGUUUAUUGUGAAUCUUUUAUGAGAUAUUUUGCUCACAGGGCUGGCCUGGAUAGUAAGGUAUGAACAUGAGGCCCACUGACCUUGACCUUUGGUUGUUAACCUCUAAAUUCUAAUCAAUUCAUCCUUUGUGCAAAGUUUGAAGUUUAUCUGUCAAAGUAUCAACAUGAUAUCUCGAUGACAAACAAAACAUGAGGCCUAAAGACCAUAAUCUUUGUUCGUUAUCCUUGAAAAUAUACAUAUUGACCUGUGCAAAGUUUUAUGGAAAUCCCUCAAAGCACAAGACCCAGUAACUCUGCUUUUAAAUGCUAGUAUUUUCAUCCUUGAAUUAGGUUAAAGGUUUGUGUAAAGUUUGAAAAAGUGUCCCUGAAAUGAUCUAUGUUCAAAUAUGACUGGUACAGCUGCGCAUAUGGGCACGGACAACCUGAAAACAUGUCCCCCUGGCCUCAGCUAUUAUAUUUAAGGAGGCAUGAAAAAAGAUGGACACAGCAUGAUGAUAUUAUGGUUAUUAUAUACAAAGAUAGAAGACUGCAUGAUGAGUCAUUAAUCCUGAACUUGUUACAUCUAUUGAAUGCAGAUGUCAGAUUCCACAACUGGAUUGUCUGUCGCGAUGGUCACUGUGUCAGAUUAGGCCGUUCCCAACCUUUCUCCUUGGAUCUAAGGAAGCAGAAAAAGUGAUACAACAUAAAUAUUAACAGCUAAAAAGUGUACAGAAUGGGCCUGUGUAUGUUUCAGUAAGGACCACAAGAAAAACAUAUGAUUUGCUGUUAUAUUUUUCUUUAUUAGCAGUUAUUAAUUUGCAUUUAUUGCUGUCAUUUAUAUUUGGCGGUGUGGCUGUUCUGGGAUCCCCCUACCCUUCCACGUGGUAAGCAUUAAGCAAGAACAGCACAUGUCAGAGAGUUAGAAGCAGCAUAUAGGAGGAGCUGGGGUGGAGGAGGGUUGCAAAAAGCAGCUUGCAGCAAAGAGUAGCGAAGCUAGAGCAGCUUAAAUAUGGCAACCUGAGUGUGAAUAGCCAACAGCAUGCUUAAAAGUGAAAAAGCUGGCUGUCAGCUGAUGAGGGCUUGCAUGAGAUCAGCUGAUCUCAAUUAUAAAGCAGUGCUUGACUCCAUGGCCUGCCUGAACUAACGCAAUACACUCGUGUGUAAAUAGAUGUCAGCACCUGCACAACUUUAGUCCAUUAUAGUCUAAUGCUCAGACUGACAAACACUGCAUUCAAUAAAAUAGAUUAUAAUAAUGGUACAAGAAAGGACGUCUGGAUGUAACAGUCACAUCCUCCUCACCAAAUAUUCUGUCAGAGAUGAAGAAUUUUGUAUUAAUGUGACCUCUGGAUAGACGUUACCAUGACUAGUUAAUUUUUGCAAACCUAAUUUUAUCAAGCACAGAUCAGGUCAGUAAAGCCUUGUGCCCCUCUGAGACCUCAGGGCCUGGACCUCAGGUUGGGAGCCAAUGGAUUCGAAGAUCACAGAGCCAUACUUUUGUGCUAUGACUUGACCCACAAGCAUGGCAGAUGACUCAGUGUACAACCAGUCAACAGGACUGAUAUGAUGACUUUGUAAGAAGGAUCAUUGUUGGUCAUUUUUGCAGUUGUUGAUUCAGAUGUUUACUGAUCUGUAACUUGACUAUGUUAAAGCUGAAGCUCAACAGCUGGUGUCACAUUGUUUUAGUUUCAUGCAGGUUUCACUGAAAAACAGCGCUCUUCCCCCUUAUCUGUGAGUGAGAACAGAAACAGCAUGUUAUGGCGCGUUUAGGGUCAAUUAACCGUGACAUUUUAAACUGUGGUUCAUCAUGUCAGCGUAUAAGCAUCUCUUCCCUAGUUAGGAGGUUGCAAGGCAUCCCAGUUUGGCCUUGACUGCUGUUUACUUUGGUGCACUACACAAGAUAAAACCAUCAACUUUUAGGGCCAACAGGUCACAGACCUCUUCAACUAUGGGACUGAGCCUAAACCGUAGUCAUGUGCAGCCUAACCUUGGCAUGGUUUGUCUGUGUCCUGAAUGUCAUAAAGAACCAGAGAGCCUAUCAAAACAUCCCCUCACCCUUUAUCAUGAUCUUCUAAAAUCUGUGAAUGUGCUGGCGUAGAAGAUUUUACCCAAUGUGCCGCCAUGUUUAGAGCUGAUAUGAGAAUCUGAUUGGACCUUUCAUAAGUGCCAUGACCAUGUUUGCCUCUCCUUCAUCUCAUUAAUCCUGUUUACAUCCAGCUAAAUCUACAUUUGAUGUACCCUAGAGAGUGUACCAGUUAAACCUGACUAAAAUGUAAAGUCCACUACAUUAAAGUUUCGUGUGUACUGCUAUUUAUGGAAAAGGGAUGUGUUUAUGUAACACUCACAUUUCCUUGAGAUAUACUUGAAGGACGUAAUAUGCAUUUAGAUUUUUUUUUAUUAUUAUUUCUGUGUACAUUUGAUGUAUAUAACAACACAGUCAACUUUUACAGGACGUCAUGGGUUGUAGUAUGAAAAAUAAAAAUUUUAAU